ACUCAUUUUUUGUUAACAGAGUUUACACGAUACCUAAACAUUGUUCACUACUGAGCCAAGUAGUGCACUAUGAUUAUUUCCUUUAUGGUACAACCUUCUGUUUUCUUUGGCGUUGAAAACAGCAUUAUUUUUCAUUUGCUUACUUUUCUAUGUAUCAUCCAAAUGCUCCAAGAGAUGUGUUAAAGGCCUCUCAGUAUCACUGUCCACGAGCUCAGAAGUAUCACAACAAUCCACUAAAAAUCAAUCAAAACUUUUAAAUGCUUAAGGCACUGAAAGAAAUUCCCCCGUAUGUUUUCGUAGUCACCUACCCAGCUUUCCAUCACCGGGAGUUCCUCGGGUCAGCCACUUGGCGCGUUCCUGCAUUUCCGCCAGUCCUUUCCCGCACCCGGAGAGCAGGUUCCUCAUCCACUCUUCUCCACAGCGAGGAAGCUGGGGCUUGGAAAGGCCCAGCGCCUGGUCUCAGGACGAUCGGCACAGGGUGCACCGGGCAACAGGAGGAGCACUGGCGGCGCCCGCCCUGCCUCGGCCGGGCCUCCGCUUGCUCGCGGACCGCCAAAGGCCGAUCCGUCUUUCUCGGCCGCCUUCCUGUCCCCCCGCCCCUGGCCCCGCCCCCAGCCACGCCCCUUCCGCAGCGCGGCGGGCGGCUGGGCGCUUCCGCUUCCGGCGGCGUGGGUGGCGGCGCGAGGCGGGGCGAUGGCGGCUGGUGGCAGCGACCCGCGGGCUGGCGACGUGGAGGAGGACGCCUCACAGCUCAUCUUUCCCAAAGCUUGUUGCUUCAGAAGAAGCUUCAUAAGUUUGAGUUGGCCUGUUUGGCCAACCUUUGUCCAGAGACUGCUGAGGAGUCCAAGGCUCUGAUCCCAAGCCUCGAGGGGCGGUUUGAAGAUGAGGAGCUACAGCAGAUUCUUGAUGACAUCCAGACCAAGCGCAGCUUUCAAUAUUAAUCUCCAGACAUCACUCUCCUGCUCAGGGAGCCACCUCCCCAGCACAGCACCACUGUCCUGGGGCUGGGGCUCACCUGCACAGAAAUUCUGUUGCAGAAGACACGUGGGCUUCCUUUGGAUAGAACAGCCCAGCUUGGUCUUGGUUUAGGUUGCUGUUUCAAACUUGACACUUGGACGGUGAUGGCCAUGUCAUCUUGAAGAGGCCUUUCAGUGGCUCCCUGUGGCUUCCUGAGCCUGCCUCUGGGAAGGAUGAGGCAGGGUGAUAUGCAUAUAAACUACGUUAUGGACUACCUCA